AGAGGGGACGGCUGGAGGGCGGCGGGCCGAGCGGAGCCGCGGCCGUGGCGCCAGAUCGAGCGGGGAUGCCGCCCAAUCCGACGGACCCGGAGCAGCCGGACGCCGCCGCGGCGCCGGCGCCGCCCAAGAAGAAGAGGAACCUGCCCGGCACGCCAGAUCCGGACGCGGAGGUGAUCGCGCUGUCGCCGGGGACGCUCAUGGCCACCAACCGCUUCGUGUGCGAGGUCUGCGGCAAGGGCUUCCAGCGGGACCAGAACCUGCAGCUGCACCGCCGGGGCCACAACCUGCCCUGGCGCCUGCGCCAGCGCGGGCCCGGCGCCGCGCCGCCGCGCCGCAGGGUCUACGUCUGCCCGGAGCCCGGGUGCGUGCACCACGCCCCGGCCCGCGCGCUCGGGGACCUCACGGGCAUCAAGAAGCACUUCUGCCGCAAGCACGGCGAGAAGCGAUGGGCCUGCCCGCGCUGCGGGAAGCGCUACGCCGUGCAGGCAGACCUCAAGGCGCACGCCAAGACCUGCGGCACCCGCGAGUACCGCUGCGACUGCGGAACGCUCUUCACCAGGCGAGACAGCUUCGUCACGCAUCGAGCCUUCUGUGGCGCUCUCGUGGAGGAGACUGGCAGAGUGCUCGCCGUUCCGGCGCCGCCUUCUCCCCAGCCGCCUGGUUUGGGGGAUGUUGAGGAAAACAUGGACAAUGAGAAGGCAGAUGAGAAUGUGGAGAAGGUAGAUGAGGAGGAGAAAGGCGAUGAAAAUGAGAAUUCUGCUGUGGCAGUGGUGGAUGAGCCUCAGCGUGUCGAGGCAGUGUCUGAGGCGCCGCAGCGCAUUCCUUCGCCGCCGCAGCACUUUCCGUCGCCGCGGCGCAUUCCGUCGCCCCCGCAGCAGCGCAUUCAUUCGCCGCCGCCGCAGCAGCGCAUUCCGUCGCCCCCACAGCAGCGCAUUCCUUCGCCGCCGCCGCAGCAGCGCAUUCCGUCGCCGCCAUCUCCGGUACCACAGGAGCAGCAGCAGCAGCAGCCAAUGGUGGCAGUGGUGCCAAAUUUGGAGGAGCCAAAGGUGGCUGCGGAGCCAAUUGUGGUCGUUAAGCAGGAGGAGGAAGACAAGCAGGAUGAAGAUGUUUGCUUCCAGGAAGCCGAUAGAUACGACAACGCUGAAUUGGAAGGAUCCAGCCUGCCGGAUAACGAUACACCGAUGCUUCCUUGUUUCCUACCGUCGCCCUCGGAUGCCAUUGGUACAGAUGGCAGCAGCACCAGCUGUGGCACAGUCAGCAGCGCUUCGAAUUCCAUCGCGCCAGCUACGACGACUAGCACGUUUGCUGGGCUGUUUGCAUCCGCCACAGCAAGCACCACUCCCCAGAGCAGAUCGCUGCGCGAUCUUAUCGGUGUUGAUCCUACCUUCCUUUGCCUCGCGAUUGGUACGCCCUCCAACCUCUUCCCGCAGACAAACGCGAGCAACCCCGGCAGCUUUGCUCCACCUCCAGCACCACACAUGUCUGCGACGGCACUCCUGCAGAAGGCUGCUGAGGCUGGAGCCUCGCAAGCAGGAACGUCUUUCUUGAAGGAGUUUGGGCUUGCAAGUUCCUCCUCUUCAACCCCAUCCAGGCCACCGCAAGGAAGGUCUAUCGAUAGCUCACCACAAUCCCAGCAGCCUCAAGGAAGGUUUAUCGACAGCUCAAGACAAUCCCAGCAGCCUCAAGGAAGCUUUAUCGACAGCUCAAGACAACCCCAGCUAGCUCAAGGAAGGUUUAUCGACAGCUCAAGACAGUCUCAGCUACCUCAAGAGAGGUUCAUAAACAACUCGAUGCCAUCCAAGCUAUCUCAAGGGAGAUUCAUGGAUACUUCAUUACCAUCCCAGCACCUAGCUCAAGGCAGAUUCAUGGACACCACACAACCAUCCCAGCAGCAACCUCAAGGGAGAUUUAUGGAUACCACACCACCAUCCCAGCAGCAACCUCAAGGGAGAUUCAUGGAUACCACACAACCAUCCCAGCAGCAACCUCAAGGGAGAUUCAUGGAUACAGGACUACCAUGCCAGCAGCUACCUCAAGGAAGGUUCUUCAGUAACUCGCCACCAUCAAAUCUAUCUCAAGGAAGGUUCUUCGAUAACCUGCCACCAUCCAGUCUACCGCAGGGAAGGUUCUUCGUUAGCUCGCCACCAUCCAAUGUACCUCAGGGAAGAUUCACCGAUUACUCGCCACCAUCCAAGCUACCACCAGCAAGAUAUAUCGAUAGCUCGCCGCUGCCCAAGCUACCACAGGGAAGGUACAUCAAUAGCUCGCCACCAUCGAGGGUACCACAGGGAAGGUACAUGGAUAGCUCACCACCAUCGAGGGUACCGCAGGGAAGGUUGGUCGACAGCAUUCCGCAGCAGUGGCACCAACAGAGUAAUCAACAGCUAAUGGAUAUGGAGCCUGGGCCGAUGGUAUCUGGCAGCCUUGGCCUUGGCCUUGCGUACCAAGGUGCAAAUGCAGGGUUGCCAGAUUCGAUGAUGGGGCAAUCACAAUCACCACUGUUCGGUCCCAAGCCUGCUGCCACUCUGGACUUCCUUGGGCUUGGCAUCGGAGGGACAAUGGGCGGCUCCACACCCAACGGUGGUGGCCUCCCGGCAUUGAUGCUUGGAGGGGAGCUGGACAUGGGGUCUGCACAGGCGCACCCUCCAUGGGAAGAGGCACAGAGGAAGAUCAAUGGCCGCACAAUCCUGUGAGGUUUCCGUUUUUUUGUAACCUUACUUAGGGGCUUUUGUGCUUUGGCUCAUCCAAUUCUUUCAGCUGCUGUGGUUGGUUGGUAGUAGGGAAGCUAGAACUGUGUAAGCUGGUGCAGAACCUGUAUAUAGAUCCAUCCACCCCUCUCAUCUCCUGUCUAAAUUAAAAGCUACCAUAGAGAGAAUUUGAUCCCUGCAAGAUGGAAACCCCUUUGUGACAUGUUCCUGUACAAAUGCAACAGGGGUAAGUAGUUGCCUUUAUAUUUUGUGAGAUGAGUAGGUGCCUUUA